CCUACACAUCCACAGAGCUUCAAUGAACGCUGUUAAGAUUCGUAGCGACUUUUAAGCUGGUUGGGAGAAGUGAGGAGUGAGGCUCCCUCCUCUGCCGAUGUUCUGUCUCAGAUGUGAAUAAUUAGUAUUGUAUUACAAUUCUAUAAACAAUACAGUGUUGUAGUGCAUCACGUGUUGAUGUUCCAUUGCACAGCCACGUUCCAAAUGCUAUAAUGACGUAAGAGCCGUGGAAACCUCUGACGUCACGGUGACGUCAUGGCCCGGUGACGUCACGGCAGAGGUCAGAGUGGAGUCGGCUCCUGGAGAGGAAACCACCUCGCCCCACGCUGCUCCUCCACUUCGAGUUCUUCAGAGACCUUCGCCACCACCACCACCAUGGCGAUCUUCACGGCUGUCCUCACUGUGGUUCUGCUGCUCACGCAGCCGAUGGUGGAGCUCCUCGGAGGAUCUCGGCGUGGGGGUUCGGACAUUAACGCCUCCAACACCACCACCACCACGAUCAACUACUCGGGACUCGUGAAGAACGUCUCUGCAUCAGCAGGGGUCGCCACCUGGGGACCGAUGUUCAGUAGCCACAGUGAGGACAUUGUGGACAGCGUGCUCCCUGCUCUGCUCCACGCUGUAGGUCAGCUGUACAGCGGCUGCAAGGAGGCCAUCAGCUCCACCAUGCUGCUGAACACCCUGCACAUCGCCGUGCAUCUCUGGCGUUUCAUACGUCGCCAAGUGAGUGAGCAACAUCCAUCAUCAUCACCACCAUCAGCCAUGGUCAAUCCACUAGUGGGUAGAGACCUCCACGAGCCGUCGCCACCUCCCACGAUGCCGCUGUGCAGUAAUCCACCCAGCACCUGCACGUGGAGCGAUUUCAUUGCUUCAUCUCCCCACUGGGCACCCUCUCGGAUGACCCCCUCGCAGCCCGUCGGCAUCACUCGCCCCCUUCACACCUCCACCGAUCCCCCUCAACUCCACUCACGGUGUCUUCAACAGCCUGGUUGGGCACUGGAACAGUAUCCCGGACAGUGCCGGAUUAAGCUCGUGCGGGUCCUGUAGCUUAUAUUAUAAAGGUGCCCAGAAUAAAUAAAAAACACAAUUAUAAAGCACGAAGUUUUUAACUUGCAUAGUAAAGUAAUUGUAAUUUUACUAUAGUAAUAGAGCAAGUACAGAAUCACUGAACGGGGAUUUAUAGGGUGAGAUCAUUUAGCGCGGGGCGCUUGAAAGUGCGGGGCCCACAGCUAAUGAUUAUUUUGUUCCGAGGAUAAUCCGGCACUGAUCACGGAUUGAGUAUGAGGAGCAGUGAUGAGAUUUAAAGUAUUUUUUAACAUGUUAUUAAAAUGUUAUGUUUAAUAGAAAAUAUAAUGUUGUUUGUCUCUUAGCUGUGAUUCGUAAAAACACUGUUGUUACUCAAUGGUCUUUCGGUAAAGUCACGUAGAAAAAAUAAACAAAAUAAUAGAAUACGACGUUUCGAUUGCAACUCAAGCAGU